AUGCCAUUACUCUGGCCUGCUCGAUGUCGAGGUGAGUGGAGCCUGCGGAGCAAUGAGGCUCCUCACUUCAGUACCCAAUCAAGCCUGAACAGCCCAAGAACUCGCCGUGAUGAUUGGUACCGGGAUGGGACCUUCAGCGUCCUCCCUGCCAGCAUCGUCAGUGUGCUCGAGGCACAAGUCGCCAGAUUUCGCCAAGACCUCGAAACAGCGUUAUCCCUGAUCCCCACAGCGAAAGAUGCGUACCGGCAGUCCAGUCUACGUGCUGAAGACAGCUUCAAAUACGCGUGGUGCAUUGUCAACACGAGAUGUCUCUACUUUGACCCCUCGCCUCCGAAAUCCGGUCAUCGCUCUCCUCAGAAUCAACUUGAAAUUCCAGUCUUGGCUGAUGAUGUAGAAUCGCCAGCACAGCGAAACCGGUUCCAAGAGAGCAACCAAUACAUGGUCCUCUGCCCCCUAAUCGACCUCUUCAACCAUACCUCCAACCCCACCUCCGCAUGCAAAGUAACCCACAACAGCUCCGGCUUUACCAUCACCUCUCCUGAAAUCUCAACCGGUGCCAAAGGAGAGGAAGAAGAGCUCUUUGUAUCCUACGGACCCCAUUCAAACGAUUUCCUAUUCGUCGAGUACGGUUUCCUCCUCCGAGGCACCGAGAAUACCCAUGACGCCGUCAGUCUCGAUUCAGCGAUCCUGCCUGCGUUGAACACAAAGCAGAAGAGGAGGUUAGACACCAAGGGUUAUUCGGGUGAAUAUACACUUCUCUCGCCGCAGGCUAACGGAGGGGAAGCGGCGGUUUGUUGGAGGACUGAGGUUGUCGCUAAGAUUGGAUUGCUUUCUGCGCAGCAGUGGGAGGGGUUUGUGGAUGGUCUUGUGGACGAGGAUGACUUGGGAGAUGAGGUGAAAGAAAAGGCGAGAACUACAAUUCGGACUUGGGUCGAGACCACGAGGCAACACGCGGAAAGAAGUGUCAGUGGUCUAGAAGUGUUAGCCAAAGACCCUAACGGGAUCCUAAAGCUCUUCGCGGACGACUUUGAGAAUCCCGAGCAGGCGCAGGUAAUGACCAUGUCGACCGAUCAACGGGGCGAUAAUAAUAAGAUCACCGAACGUGAAGCACGAAUAGCGCGCCGCAGAUACGACCUCGUCCUCGAGAGGUGGAGACAGAUCUUGCAUAUCUGUGAUGCUUAUUUACACCAAGACCAGAUUUAA